AUGAAGCCCCGGCUGGAGUAUUUCAAGCGGCUUCAUCUAAAAAUAACCCGGUCACACUACAUUCCAGCCGACAGCCAUCAGGAGGACAGAGGGACGGGGUCAGGGGGUAGAAACAGCAACACCCUCCACCACCAACAACCCCAACACCACCUCCCUGCUCCUGUGUCGGGCAAAGACAGUGAUGAACAGCCACAGCUGACGGUUGAUAUUGGGGAACCACAAACAGAGGCCCUGGAAGAGCCUGUGGACAAAGGUGCAGAUUUGGUUUACUCCCUCAAUGACAGACCACCGUGGUAUCUCUGCAUCCUGCUUGGCUUCCAGCAUUACAUCCUCGCGUUUGGAGGCAUCAUUGCAAUCCCGCUGAUCCUGGCCGAGCCCCUCUGCAUAAAAGACAACAAUGUCGCCAAAAGCCAGCUCAUCUGCACCAUAUUCUUUGUGUCAGGAAUAUGUACUCUGCUGCAAACAGCCAUUGGUACCAGGUUACCCAUCCUCCAGGGUGGGACAUUCAGUUUCAUCACUCCGACCCUGGCCAUUCUUGCCCUGCCCAAGUGGCAGUGCCCAGCCCCAAAAGCACCCAUGAUGUUGUCCGUGCAGCUGCAGAACAGCACCAGCUCGCUACAAAUGGAAAAUUCUGAUGAGGUCUGGAUGUCACGAAUGCGUGAGAUCCAGGGAGCCAUCCUGGUGUCCUCUCUGCUCCAGAUCAUCCUGGGUCUUUCUGGCCUGGUUGGCCUCGUGCUGAAAUAUAUCGGUCCGCUGGCUAUCGCCCCCACCAUCAACCUCAUUGGCCUGUCACUGUUCAUUGAAGCUGGGAAGAAGUCUGGAGGUCACUGGGGAAUUUCUGCUCUCACAGUCUGUCUGAUCCUCCUGUUUUCUCAGUACCUCAGCAAAGUCAAUGUUCCAAUGAUUGCUUACAAGGAUAAGAAGUGGAAGAUUUUCCAGUACCCCCUCUUCAAGCUCUUCUCUGCUUUGUUCGGGAUGUGUGGUGCCUGGCUCGUCUGCUUCUUACUGACCAUCUUUGAGGUCUUCCCUUCAAAGUCUGAUGAGUACGGUUUCUCAGCCAGGACCGACAUCAGCCUGGACGCUGUGGCUAACUCUCCUUGGUUCCAUGUGCCUUACCCAGGUCAAUGGGGUGUACCCACAGUGAGUGUGUCCUCAGUGUUGGGUAUGAUGGCAGGCGUCUUAGCAUCUACCAUGGAAUCAAUUGGUGACUACUAUGCUUGUGCUCGCUUGUCCGGCGCACCUCCUCCACCAACUCACGCCAUAAACCGAGGUAUCGCAGUGGAGGGCAUUGGCUGCAUCCUGGCUGGACUGUGGGGAACUGGAAAUGGCACCACCUCCUACAGCCAGAACAUCGCUGCGCUUGGCAUUACCAAGGUUGGCAGCAGAUUGGUGCUCCAAACAACCGGCAUUCUUAUGAUGGUCCUGGGGAUCUUUGGGAAAUUCGGGGCGGUUUUUAUCACCAUUCCAGACCCUGUCAUUGGAGGCAUGUUCCUCGUUAUGUUUGGAAUGAUUGCAGCAGUGGGGAUAUCCAACCUCCAGUAUGUGGACCUUAACUCGUCCCGUAACCUCCUCAUCCUCGGCUUCUCUACCUUCAGUGGCCUUGUUUUGCCUACGUGGUUUCACUCCAACCCCGGCAUCAUUGACACAGGAAUAAAAGAGCUGGACCAAGUGAUUGUGGUGCUCUUCACCACACACAUGUUCAUUGGAGGAUUCUUUGGGUUUAUCCUGGACAACACCAUUCCUGGCACUGACAAAGAGCGGGGUAUCAAAAGCUGGCGGGACAAGGUACAACAGGGAAGCAAAACCUUGAGUGACCAGUCAUGCUACGAUAUUCCUUUCUGCAACUUUGUUUUUAAACGACUCAGAUGUUUUCAGUACCUGCCCUUUCUCCCUUCUUAUCGGGCCACCGAACAGGGGACAUCCAAUUAUUGAAGUGUUGACUCACAGGGUUGCAAUGAUGCUGGUCUAUUAGUCCAGCAAGGCAAAACAUUAGUUGAGGUUCUGCAAAAUAUCUAAACCUUAUAUUCUUUAGGACUCCAAGUUUAAUAUGUUUCACUAAAUACAUGGUAAGAAAUAAAAAUAGAAUUAAACUUAAUGUUGAAUUUCUACAACAAGGUUGGGGUACUAUGUCUAGUUGGAAUUUAACCAUAUAAACUCUCUCCAUGUUAUUUCUAGCUUAAUAAAACAUUUGUAGCACCUGAAAAGUAGUCUGACAUUUCACAAGAAUUAUCUGUCAUCAGAGGAGCUUGCAUAGACAUUAGUUAGACACUCCUUUAAUUUGUUGUUAAGAUUUUGUAAAGCUUUUGCAACAUGCACCAGAAA